UAACUCUGCGUGGUGGUGCUGAGAAAGCGAAGAAGAAGAUGGAGGGCGAGGAAGGCGGUGGCAUCAGGCUGAGCAAGAGAUUCUCCGACGACAACAAAGGCGGAGCAGGAUCAGAGGUUGACUACAAGACCAAAUCAGGCACCGCAUGGAGCCACUCUUACCUCAACCAGAAACCAUGGCACCCUCUCUCUUACCCUAACCAACGCCGCAAAUGGAUCGCCGAACAAACCCACGCCAACCGUGAACGCCGCACCGAAGAGGUCGCUCGUGAGUAUGCUCAGGAGCAAGAGUUUUAUCGCCAAACCAAUCUCAUAUCCAAGAAGGACAAGGAGAAGGUGGAGCUCAUGCAAGCUGUUAGCUUCAUGUAUGUUCGUCCUCCUGGUUACAACGCCGAAAGCGCUAAGGCUGCGGAGAUGAAUGAUCAGACUAAAAGAGAGGAGAUGACCAGUGAGACCAAUGCUGAUGCACCACCCUCCUCUUCAUUGCCUCCCUCGCGAGUGAAUGACGAGAAGAAAAAACGGAGGCCAAAAGAUGUUUUCGGGCGUACUCUACCAACUGAAGAAGAAUUCAAAGUUCUUAAAAACGCGCCGAAGCUGGAAACAGGAGUUGCUGGCCGGGCAAAACCUUUUGGAGUUGAGGUCCGCAAUGUAAAAUGUUUAAGGUGUGGGAGCUAUGGUCAUCAAAGUGGUGAUCGUGAAUGUCCCUUGAAGGAUUCUAUAAUGCCUAAUGAGGAGAGCAGAUUGAAAAGAGAUGACCCCUUGAAUGCAAUCAUAGCCCACACAGAUCCUACUGAGCCUCUAAAAUGGGAGCUCAAGCAGAAGCCUGGAAUCAGUCCUCCUCGUGGAGGGUUCAAACCAGAUGACCCCAACCAGCAGAUAGUUGCUGCUGAUGACAUAUUUGAUGAGUAUGGAGGUUUUCUCAAUAUGGAUAGUAUCCCUGAUUUGUUGACCAACUUUUCUAAGAAACCAAAGAAGUCCAAAAAGAGCAAGCACAAAAAGCAGCAACUGGUACAUUCAGAAACCGAAGCAUCUUCUGAUGAUGGAGAGAAAAGGUCUAAGAAAAAAAAGGUUAAGGUAAACAAGAAGAAGCGAAGUCAUGCAGAGUCAAGUUCAUCAGACACCUCAGUCUCUGAAAAAGAUCAUGGAAAAAGCAGACACAAAAGUUCGUAUUCAUCUGAAGAUUCUGACAGUAACGUGAAAGAUCGAAGUAAAAGGACUAAACACAAGCAUUCUUUUUCACCCAAAGGUUCUGAUCAACCUAGGCACACUAGGAGUAAACAUCGCAGACAAAGGCAUUCCUCUUCAUCUGAGGGUUCUGGUUCUGAUGGUUACCAUGAAAGUUACAAGAACAGUGAUAAACAUUCUUUUUCGCCUGAAGAUUCUGACAAUGACAAGGAUGACCGGAGUAGAAAGGAUAUACAAAAGCACAAGAGGAAACAACGAAAAAGACAUUCUUAUUCCGACGAUGAUUCUGGUGCUGCUGGUUAUCAUGUAUAUCACAAGAGCAGAGAUGAGCAGUCUUCUUCAUCGGAUGAUAAAUCUAAUCAUAAAAAAACUAAUGUUAAAAGGAGCAGCCAUAAGCACUCAUCAAAAGCCCAUUGCGAUUCUCAAGAGUACAGCAGAAAGUUUAGUUUUGAUCGCUGGCAUGGAGAUCAAAAGAGCAGAGGUGGGCAUUCUUAUUCAUCUGAAAAUUCAGAUAUUGACAAGGAUGAUCAAAGUAGAAGGAUCAAACAAAAGCAUUCUACUACAUCGAAGGGUUCUGAACAUACGAGUAAACAGAGCAGGAAAAAGCAUUCUUAUUCAUCUAAGGAUUCUGGUGCUGAUAGAUAUCACACAAGUGAAAAGGGCAGAUGUGAUGAUGGGGAAAAGGAAAACCAUCAUAAGCUGAGAAGGAGCAGACACAAGCAUUGAAUAGCUCAUUGGAACUGUCAGAAGCAUCACAGAAAUAGGCAAAUCAAAGUCUUCCUUCCUAAGGAAUGCCAAAAUAUUAGAACUGUAGUCUGAUUAAGUUGUUUGCUGUAUUGAUUAUGUGGUGUAACAAAACUGGCAUUCCUUUCUUUGGUUUAUUUCUCCCUUUAGUGAAGCAAAUAUUUUUAUCUUUUUCA